AUUAACAUUAUAAAUUAUUAUUUGUGUGCGAUGACUGGUCUUCUUCUCUCGGUGUAUUGUGUUGAUUGGUAAAGGAAUCCAGCGUGCUUACCUGCAUUUGACUUCUGUCUCCUGUGUGAAUAUCACGCAACAGCAUGAAGGAAUAUGAGUAAUGUUCUUUUGGAGAGGCACUAGUACUGCAACAAAAAUCACAAUGAGUGGCAAGAGUCAACAGGACUUGCCCUAUAUUAGCCAGAUGCUGCACACUCUGAUUUCAGAAGACAAUGCUGAAGCUUUGAGGAAUGCUCUGCAACGCUUUCAGUCUGGCAGUCGUCAACGGUUUGAGUCUCAACUCUCUGAUCUGUUGUGCCUUGCAGCUGCGGAAGAUGCCACAAAGUGCAUUGAAUGUUUGUUGAGCUUUGGAGCCAGUGUGAAUGGAUUUGAUGCUCGUGGCGACACAGCAUUAUUGAGAGCCAGUUCUAAGGGUUGUGUGAGAGCAGUGAAAUUGUUGAUCAGUGCUGGUGCAGGUGUGAAUUUACAGCGGUGUACUGACGGCACGACUCCACUAAACGUUGCUGCCAUGUCUGGGCACACGGAAGUGGUGCGAUGUCUUCUUGAUGCUGGAGCUGAAGUGGACAUCCCAGAUGAUUUGGAUCUCACACCUCUGCAGUUAGCGGCUAUUGGUGGCUUUGAGAAAAUUGUUCGGAUCUUAUUGAGUCGUGGUGCCAACGUGAACUACUCCAGCCAUUCUUUUUCUGACAAAGAAGGACGUUUUGGUAUCUCAGCACUCAUGUUUGCCGCCCGAGCUGGCAGCCUUGACCUUGUUCGUUGUUUGAUGGGGUCGGGCGCGCUGCUGGAGCAGAAAGACAGUCUGCGGUACACAGCCCUAACCUGGGCUGCUCAGGAGGGGCAGAUGCAAGUUGUGAAGCAUUUGCUGCGUUAUGGCGCUGACGUCAAUGUGAAGAGCCAUGACCAGAACACGCCGCUGAUCCUGGCCACCAAAUCUGGACAAGCUGAAAUGGUGAAGCUGUUGUUACAGAACAAGGCUGAACGAGAUCAUGUGAAUGUGGAUGGAGACACAGCUCUCAUGGUGGCUACAAAGUCAGACCAGUUAGAUGUUUUACGUGUCCUCACAGAGGAUGGAGCCCAUGUGAAUGUUGCUCAUGACAAGACUGGAUGGACGCCACUCUUCUACUCAUGCUCUGGCUUACAGCUGCAGAUGACGGAGCUCCUUUUAGACUGCGGUGCAGAUGUGAACUUUAUUGAUGCGCGCGGAGAAAACCCACUGUGGAUUACGGUGAAAAAAGGAAACACUGGUAUCUCAAGGCUGCUUCUGUCUUAUGGAUCGUCGCUCAUCAUGAACAAUGACGGAGAAACUGCGCUGUUUUGGUCUACCAAGCAACGUGAUGGGGAUCUGGUGCGGUUGUUGCUAGAGUCUGGGGCAACCAUCGAUCUAGAACUUCAUGAGGCUGUGGUCUCCGGGACCCUACAGGUGGUGAGAGAGCUGGUCGCCCAUGGAGGCAUGCCCGUGUGUGUCGACGCCAAGCGGCUGGACUCAAACUACUAUGUAGACUCAGGCCUCAAGUUGUCCCCCUUUAUGGUCUCCUUGCUGCGAGGGAAGCUCGUUCUCACCAAAUAUUUCAUUCACAUCAAAUUCCUCCUUCCGGAAGAUCUUGAAUUUGCCAAAUGCUUGAAUCGGCGGCAGGAGGCUAAGUUCUUAUCCACUCCGGAGACGAUAAGUAAAGAAAUCCUCAGCUUCCUGAUCCCUUUGCUGCACCGCCCGUGGACUUUAGGAGCGCUUGCAUUUAUAGCACUAUCGUCAUCUCUGGGCUUUGAUGAGAAAAGACGUAGUAAGAUUGAGUCUCUGGCUGUUGACCCUAGCUAUAAACGUCAACUCAUGUUUGAGGAUGACAUUGUCAAGUUCUACAGCGAGGACAUGUACUCUUCACAGAUUUGAGAUCUUGUCUUGCUUUUGUUAUAAAAGUAUUAUUAUUUGUUGUCGUUAUUAUUAUUUUUAUCAUUAUUAUAAUAUUAUUUUUAUUAUUGUCAUUAUGAUUAUCAAAAGUAUUAAUAUGUUGUUAUUACUGUACUAGUAGUAGCACUAUUAUUAUUACUAUACUCUCACUAUCAUUACCGUUAUUGUCAUUACAACUAUUGUUGCUGACAGUGGCAGCGAUGACGAUGAUAAUUACUUUAUACUUUUGCUUAUUAUUACUUUAAGAAAUUAUAUAUUUUUUUUAUCAUCAUUAUAGUUUUUGUUUUUCUCCUUAUUACGUUAUAAUUAUUAUGCUCACUAUUUUCACGUCGUUGUCAACAUCAUUAUAAUAACAUGCACUAUUUCCACCAUCACUGUUUUUGUUUGUCAAGCUUAAAGUUGACAAGAAGUUAUAUAUUUACAAUGCUUUUAUUGUAUCUGGUGAACUGUUUUGAGCAGGUAGCUUUACUCAUUUGUCCAACUUUCAGUUUGACCAUUCGGAUACAGUGGGUGCUGUUUUUAACGAGGUCACAUUCAACGAGAAGUCGGCUCCAACGAGGCAAUCCUUAAUCCCCGAUUGUAUUCCCCUAUAUCUCUUUAUAAAUGUAAGUCGGCUUCAACGAGGUUGCAAGCAGACCGAAGUCGCUUUCAACGUGAUCACGAUAACCAAAUAAAAGUAAUUAGCGGCCCCAAAAGCGAAAUUUUUCUCCUUUCUCUCCCUCUCAAGCAAAGCACAAGGCCCAUCAUCGAUUCCUAACACAUUGUAUUGCUAGAUCCAGUGUGCCUCCUAAUAUGGGCCCUAAAGACAAGAGGAUGGAUGAUGGUUAAUCUAUGGUAGGGAUGGGAGGGGGUGGGUGGGAACGCGAUGCAGGCUGUGUGAAACUGGAUGAACUCUGGAUAGGUAGGUUUAGAUCGAGAUCUUCAUUUUUUUUUCAAUUUUUUUUUCUUCCCCUGAUCAGAAAAUCCAAGCUCCCGCCUUUACUUUAUGUAGGUCUAGGCCUAGAUGUGAGAGGGUAUGUUUCCACAUGAGAAGUGUUCCGAAAAAAAAAAAAAUUUUUAAAUGCAGAAAUGACUGCCAGAACACAGCUGAAACACGCGCACACUGAUGCUGUUUGAAAUUUUCGUCAUCAGGGCGAACAACUAUUUUAAUUACUGGUACAAUGUAUUGGUACAUCAUAUACAAUAAUGACGUGCCUCCUUUCUUUACUUUAGCCUUAGUCACGUUCAACGAGAGGUCGGAUUCAACGAGGACAACAAGUUGGUCCGGCAACCUCGUUGAAUGCGACACCCACUGUAUUUUGUUUGUGCUUGAUUUAGGCUGUGAUUUUAAAUCAAUUUUCGACUUUAGCUCGGUUUUAGUAGUUUAGUACUUGCCACAUGUUCAAUAUCUUUUGUUUGUAUCGUUGCUCAUCAACACAUUUUUUAUUUUGCCGUGUCUUUCAACAGUAUUGGCUGGUCUUUAUCAUUCCACACCUUUCGCUUUCUUUUUGAGUCCACUGUCAUGCCUUGUGCUGCUUUGAAAGACGAUGGGGUUAUGAUAUGACACUUGUUGUUUUGAACCUUUGUGAUUGGGUCUUGACUGUUUAGUCAACAAUUUUUCUGUGCAUAUAUAUAUAUAUAUAUAUAGAUAUGUUUUUCCUUUUCUCUUCUCCUUUUUAUAGGAGAAUAUGAUUUAGAAGUACUAUUUUAUUAAGACCGUUCAAAUAGACCAAAGCAAAGUAUGACCGAUGUCUGCAUGGAGAUUUAAUUUAAAAAUCUUUGUACAGAUUUUAAAAAUCUUGCCAAAGUCUUUGAAGAUACACAUGUACUGACAUUUUUGGAUUGCGUUUACAGUUUUUGACAUUUCUCCGUUUUUGUUCCUUUUUUUUUUUCAAUUCCCGUCAUAAUUCUCACUUUUGCCCUUAAGUCUGCUGGUAUACUGAACAUGGUAGACUUAUGACAGUUUUAGUGCUCGACAGAAUGCUUGUGCAAUCAAUUAUUACUUAACAGGGAUUUUUGAUUAUUUAGUAACUAUUGUUUGUGAAGUGUGUUUGCUGCUCUUCUUUAACUUAUUCUCUGUUCUGAGUGUAAUUGCUGGAAGCAGUUCUGUGUGAAAUGUGUUCAUGAUUGUGCCUACCAACUGUAAACUACAGUCUAAGUAGAUGAAGAUUGUCUGUGACUUUGCUUGUUUUACCACUGGCCAUAACACUAUAACUGUUCUGCCUUUAAUUAUUUUAAUGCUUUAUGCCCAUAUUUUUUUUUUUCCAAAGGGAAGAUCAUACUUAUACACGACUAAAUGUAUUGAUAUAUUGUCCUCAGAAGUUUUAUUUUACAAAUUGCUGAAUAUUGGUUUUAUCUGAAUAUGAAGCGAAUAAAUAUUAUUGGUUUGUGAAAUAAACGGCUUUAUGGAUAUAA